GUGCUCACUCUUCUUUCACAGAAUCUGAUAUAAUUAACUCACCCUCUAUCCUUUGCAGUUAUUCAAAUGACUCCAUGGGGUUUGGAAAAAUAAAAUCUUCAUCCCCCACACACUUUCCUUCCUUUCCACUUUCUACAAAUGGACUUUCUUCAGCAUGAUUUGAAGCUGAGCCAAUAAGCUGCAGGCUUUCAUUGCAUACAUUACUGGACGUUGGAAUUCAGCUGUGAGCUGAGAGACAUCUAAACAAAACACACAGUUCCCCGGCACACCCAGAGGAUUUCAGUGGGGAAGACAUGGAUUUUUCUGGUUGUGGGACUAUAUUUCUGACUAUCUUUAUCUCCCUACUUAUAUUCUUUAUGCUAUGGAAUAAAGUGUACAGGAGACGCAAACUUCCCCCGGGUCCCACCCCUCUGCCACUCAUAGGGAACUUGUUGCAAGUCAGGAAUGGAGAGAUGGCAAAGACUUUGAUGGAGCUUGGUAAGCAGUAUGGCCCUGUGUUUACUUUCUACUUUGGCUCUCAUCCUGUGGUAGUGUUCUGUGGAUAUGAUGCAGUGAAGGAAGCUCUUGUAGAUAAAGGAGAAGAUUUUGUUGGAAGGGGAAAACAGCCCACAGUGGACAGAGUCUUUCAGGGUUACGGACUGAUAACCAGCGAAGGAGAUCGGUGGAGGCAACUCAGACGUUUUUCACUAAAAACACUUAGGAAUUUUGGAGUUGGAAAAAGAACUAUUGAAGAACGGAUUAAUGAAGAAGCUUCUUGCCUUGUAGAGGAACUCCGGACAUACAAAGAGCUUCCAGUUGAUCCAGCUAUAAUAAUUUCUAAGGCUGUAACUAAUGUUAUUAGUUCAGUUGUGUUUGGGACACGGUUUGAUUACAGUGACAAGAGAUUUCACAGGAUGCUAGAUAUAUUUUAUGAAACUUUUGAACUCAUGAGCUCUGUUUGGGGACAGAUUCAGGACAUGGUUCCCAUGAUCAUGAACCACAUCCCUGGGCCUCACCAGAACAUAGUCACUCUGCUUGAAGAACUAAAUGAGUUUAUAACUGAAAGGAUAAAGCUCAAUCAAGAUACACUGGAUCCUAACUCACCAAGAGACUACAUAGAUUGUUUCCUUAUUAAAAUGCAAGAGGAGAAAGACAAUCCUGCAUCUGAAUUCAACUAUAAAAAUCUAAUGCUGACACUCAACAACCUGUUUUUCGCUGGAGGAGAAACUGUAGCCACUACUUUGAAACAUGGAUUGCUUGUACUUCUGAAAUAUCCAGAUAUUCAAGUCAAGCUUCAUGAAGAAAUUGACCGCGUGAUCGGACAGAACCGCAGCCCUAACAUUGAAGAUCGGAACAAGAUGCCCUAUACAGAGGCUGUGAUCCAUGAAAUCCAGAGAUUUGCCAAUGUAAUUCCGAUGAAUGCUCCCCAUUCAGCUACAAGGGACACUAACUUUAGGGGAUACACAAUCCCACAGGGUACCGGUGUCUGCGCCUUGCUUUGCUCUGUUUUGGGAGAUCCCAAGUACUUUGUCACUCCGAAUAAGUUCAACCCAAACCACUUCUUGGAUGCUGAUGGUCACUUCAUAAAAAAUGAAGCCUUUCUACCAUUCUCAACAGGAAAGAGAAUUUGCCUUGGAGAGGGACUGGCUAGGACAGAACUCUUUCUAUUCUUCACCAAUAUAUUGCAGAACUUUCAACUGACUUCUGACACCCACUUUACAGAGUCAGACAUCGCCCCAAGAAUGACUGGUUUUGCAAAUGUACCUAUUCCUUAUAAACUGUCAUUUGUUCCACGUUAAUAUUUCUUUACAGAUCCAGUAUGUCUACUUUUUAACUGCUACUUACAACCCCAAAAAUUCUUAUACUGUUGUACACUUUUUUUGGGGAGGACAAUGAAUGGGCAUAAAUAAAAUCUUCAUGAAAUAGAAUUUGAUUCUAAAAUGCCAGUAUGUCAGGCAUCCCCCCUCCCCCAGUGAACUCAAUCUCUAGGUUUUUAUGCUGCAAACUUUUGCAGUGCUUCUUUUAGGGAAGGAACUACAAAGACCCAGGAAAAAAAAACAUUUUUACAGGUAAUUGUUUUUUUUCUUAAAUCCAAGGAAAAAAUGCAGUGAAUAAGUUCAGUGGGGCAGGUGCAUAACAUUCACCUAGUAAGCAGAACCUUUUGUAUAAUAAAAGUCACAUUUUAUCAGCUAGACAAACUACAGAAACUGAACCCUGAAUUUCAAUAUGCACAUAACAGAUACUUUCUUUUUGCCAUUGUUCUUGAUUUCUCUUUAGUUGAAUUUGAACUUUCUAGAUGC